UUUGUUUCAGGUCAUAAAGUGAGGAAUAAUUAACUGGUACCUUGUUAUCCUACCUCUUUACGUUUGGUAUUUUGAAACACUCGUUUAAAGUUGAGUAUCUGUUGAAUCAUUUCUUUCGCAUCCCUGUUGAAUCAUUGCUUCUUCGAAACAAAUACACAAGUGAAGAAAAAGAUUUUUUAAUUCUAUUUCCUGCUGUGUCUAUUAUUGAAAGCUGUUAAGGACAACGCUGAAUAAAGGAAACAGAAGUGUGAAAUUGGUAAAGAUAAGUUCCUUCAACAUUUGCAGCUAACUGAACUUUCAUCAAGCUAAAACUUGUUUGGAUCUAAUCCGAAGAUUUAUUCCAAUGCCAAUUCAAGCCAUUUGAUCAAGCUGGACAAUACACUCAGACGAUGAUUAAUGAUCACUUAUUUGAUUAUUCACAGGUUUCUUUGACGUAUACAGAUGCGCCCAAAGUCAAAGGUUUUAGAUUGUACAAUGUACUUUCUCAUCCUUGUGUUUUGGUAUUCUUCCACUUCUUUAUUUUGACUAUUUGUGAUGACGGGAAUGUCAUUUCAUAUAGUACAAAUAUGAAUCAACAGAAUAUUUUAAUUCCAAUUUCAAUAAAGACUUCAGACGUAUUUCGGAGUACAGCUACUUGUUCCUUUCUUAAAAUACCUACCGCCUCUGAUACGAAUGGUUUGUUCUCAGAAAUGUUGUUAUCAGAUUCUAAUCCAAGUGGAACCAUCACUUUCCGAUGCUCUCAAGCUGGCCAUGCAAUUCUUUUCUUCUGUCAUGAUAAAUCCAAUUCGAGUAUUUUGUUCUCAACUAAAAGUUUGAUCCAGUGUAGAAAACCUCCUGUUGUAUCAGUUGGUCCAAAGACAAUUCGUCUCCUGAAGAAACCAACUCCUUUUAAUCAGCGACUGAUUGUUAUAACCAGUGAGAUUGUUUCAGAAAGCAACAUUAUCGUGACAUGUCUGAAGAAAGAUGAAUCAGAUAUAUCAGUUUCGAUAAACCCUAUCACUGUAUAUUCUGGAACGUCAAAUGGAGUUGUGUCUGUUGCUAUUCAGUCAAUUUCCAAUGCUCAAUCGUUUACUAUUUCAUGUAGAGCACAAUCAAUUAAUGGUAGUCAGUAUAUGUCGGCAACAUCUGAGGGAAGCAGUUCAUCGAUCUCAUUAAUUAAUGGAGAGAUUAUCCUUACACCUAAUGAUGUGAAUUUGUAUAGUCUACAGUUUCAGGUUUUAUUGUUUCUGAAUGGAUUAAAUCAAGAUUUAGGAGUCCUUUGUAGCGUUAGUGUGGCUAACAAUGAAACACAAGCCAAUAAUUUACUCAGUGAUAAUACAUGUGGAACAGCAUCAACUAAUGUUGCAACUUCAAACAACUGGUCUAUAACACCUUCUUUAAACGAAUUUAAGGCAUCAUCAAUAUCAAGUCGUACAGAUUCACUUACACGUUUACUUACGGUGAAACGUAACUCAUAUCCAACAAAUGAAUAUGAUAAUACAAUGGAAAUAUUAAUUUUAAAAUGUUGCAGUACUACAAAAAAUGCUACAAUGGAUCCAGCAUUUGCUAAUAUUGUAACAACAAGUCGAAUUAAUGUUCUACUUAAAUCUCGUUUAAUUAUUAAUAAAGGUGAAGAAUUACCAACAGAUCAAACAUUUCCCUAUCCUGAUCCUGUAUGGACGCAAAUUUCUCCUUGUCCCUGUGACCUAACCAUAAAUACAUGUGACCUUGGAUGUCCAUGCGAUAACAUGUGUCCUGUCAAUCAGUCUACAGUCAUGUCAUCAAGUUUUUUUGGCGGUUAUUUCAAUCUUCCAAAUUAUCAUAGCUGUGAUGCAAUGUUAGAUCGAAUUGAAAAUGAAGAAAAUAAAAUUGAUUUAAUUAAUCGAGGUUUCACAAGAUUACCAGAUUAUCAUCCACUUCUAUGUGUUGCUGUUGAUAAUAGUGCAGUUCUUGGAAAAUUUCACAGUUCACUUUCACCUGCUCGUAGUCUUAAUGACUUUAGUAAGAAUACUAAAAGUGCUAAAACUGAAUAUCCAUUAGAUCGAAUUAAUGAUUUAGGUAUUCGAGAAGUUAUAGUUGAUCAAAACAAUAAAAAACAACGUUUAUAUACAAAUGGUGAUCCAUUACUUUUAAUGAUACAGCCGGUAAUUUUAACAACUUCAGAUGAUCCAUCUAUUCUCGUUAGUCAAUAUAAUGAGUAUUUUGUUUUACCUAAUGAAAUGAACUGUGAUUUUGAAUCAAAUAUUCCCGUAGAAUAUCUUUCUGAUCGAAUUACUUAUAGAUGUCCUAUUGUUUUGUCAGUCAUGCAAUGUCAAGACGCAAUCAAUAUAAAAAACAAUAUAGGGAUUGGCUGGGGACCGAGAACACUAUUGGACCGUUUAUUUGCACGUGCUUAUUUAAUUGAUGAUUUAGCAAUAUCAAGAAAUUCUGAAUCAAUAUUUCGUUUACGCAUGAAUCGUUUACGAGAUGAUACACCAGUCCCAGUAAAGGUGGAUUAUUUUUGUUUAAAGCAAAAUGAAUUACAGAACUUUACAAUGUCUUCUCAGUCAAAUGUUAAUGUAGAUCAAAUAAAUCGAACCGGUUUUUUCAAUCAUAACUGUACAUAUAAUGCAACGUCUAAAUCGACUUCAUGUAUCCCAUUACAAAAUUCAGUGAAGUCAAAUUACCUAGUCCCAACUACCUGUCCUUGGCAUAAUGCUUUCGAUCUUCCACCUGACAUUGAUUUAUCGAAUAAUAUAUGCAACAAUGUCGUAAUGAAAGUGGAUUAUAAAUUUGUAUGGUCCGAUGGAAGUAUACAAGAAGCAUUAGCUCAAGUAUAUAUGGCCAACUUACCUGUAACUAGCACUGAAAUAACAUAUUAUCAGGAAUAUUCUGUCAAAUUUAUUCAUACUACUGAAGUAGACAAUGAAAUUGACACAAAGCUACCGUCACAUCUUUAUGGUUAUGAGUUGGAUGAUUUAAUUGUAACUGGUCAAGUUACAUCAUCUUCUAUUCAACGUUUCCUAGUUCAAACGGAUGAUGAAACUAAUAUCAAAUCAGGUGUUAUAAGAACUGGCCAAGAUAUGUUAUGUGAAAAUUCAGAAAUCGAUCAGCUUAAGUUUGGUAAAACUGUGAUCACUUCCUGUCGUGUUCUUUUGGGUCUUAACGAUUUUACAAAUUGCGAUAAACUAAGAAGUCUUAUUAUUGCACGAUUAAAUCAAUUUAUACCAAGUGAAGUAAUUGCAACCUACCCACAAGCAUCUAAAACUUCACCAGAGGAUUGGAUUUUUAUACACAGGUUAAUAUUAUAUUCCAUUAGAUAUAUUAUCAUUUUCAGUGUUUUUAUAAUCACUAGUAACUACAUACUCAUAAAACAUGUUUCGUCUUUAUUCACGUAAUUUCUUCACCGGUCAAAAUACAACUUAUUGACCCUUUCACUGUACUAAGCCAAUGACGUUCGUUCAGUCUGACCAACCUAGCGUUCUAUUGGUCCGUUGCUCGCCUAGCUCGUCCAGCUGAGUUCACAAUGUCAAUAACAGCCUCCACUAUGUGGAUAAUUUAUUCCAAACAUACUGGAUUUAUAUAUCAACCAAACAGACCUCAACGCACCACAAAUUAGGAAAUAACAUUCAUACACAAUAAAGCCAAAAUGUGGCUGUGAAUGUGGGAGACAGUAGUUAAUGAACUGAGUAUAACAUAAGAAUAGUAUAUCGUACAAUAAUAAUCUAUCGGUCGAAAUGAAGCUUAUAAUAUGGGAAAUAUAGACAUACACAAUCUAAUUACUGAAUAGUUAUACCAUAAGAAUAGAUAGAUAAUAGUGGUCCAUUAAUAGGUCUCAGAAUUUACUCGUAAUUUAAUCUUCACUAGGAUAGAACAAAAUGUGUCGUGUGUUAUGUGUUAAAUUAUGAAAAUAAACUAUAACUUAUUUGAUUUUCUUGUUUAAAUCACUAAGCAGCUUUAAUUCGAUAAUCAUUUAAAUUUAGGAAGCAGUAAACUUAUUUCCUGAUGGUAUAAGACAAAUUUGCAGUUUGUAGUGUAAAUUUUAAAUUUUAAUAGUUUCCAUAAAUAUUUUGCUGUAAUAAUAAUCAUGUCAUCACUAGUGAUCAGUUUUAAGAAAUUGUUUUCGAUGGAUGAAUCUGUGACUAGCUUAGUUCAACUAUAUUGAGUACCAGACAGUUACUGAACAAUGGCAGUGAAGAAGUAGUUUUUCAACAACACAAAUUGAUCAGAGUUAUAAAUGUAUAUCAUUAAAUGAUAAUUCAAUGAUCUAGAUAUUAAGUGUACUUUGCGAGACAUGAUUGUCCUGAUUGUAAUACUCAGUGAGGUUAUAAGUAGAGUUAGGUGAGAAGUCUCAGACUUAGACGAAACAGCUGUUCAGUCCUUUGUGAUUUUUAUGCUUAUUCAACUAAGAUCAGUUCAUGGUGUGAACUAUAAAAUUGAACAAUUUACACUAAGCUUCUAUUAUUCAAGUUGAUACUUUUAAGAAAGUUGUUCAAAUUAAAAAGUUUAUACCGUAGUGCAACUUUCAUAAAACAACUGAAAUUGAAAUAAAAAUAUGGAGCUGUUACUUUUUGAAUUUCAAUGAUAGUCUAGUUAAAAUCAGUCAGCGACGAAAACUAUCAUUUAUGUAUUUUGACCAAAUCACUAAUUUAUACAUAAGAAGGUGAUUAAGGAUGAAUAUAUGUAUUAUGAGGUAGCGAAGAUUCCGAUAGAGUUAAUAAAGUAAUAAAAUUUUGUUACGAAUAAACAAAUUUUGGCAGGGAAAGUUCCAGAACAUUGAAAUAGUGAUUAGAACUAAUGGAGUUAAUAAACAUUAGAUGAUUGUAUGAUGAAGUAACUGAAAAUAGAUGAUAAUAAAGAAAGAUAUGAAUUGGAAUCAGUCAGUUAUGAAUGAUGUAAUUUGAAACUUCAGAAAGAGUUGAAAUAAUGAAUGACGUAGUAAAUAAAUAAAUAAAUUACUAAUUAUAUGAAUUGAACUUGUAACAUUAGUGUUAUAACUGUGACUGAAGAUUAGAUGGCAGAGGAUGAUUGAUCGGACCAAAGACGCGUAAAACACGUGAGAACAACCUAGAGUCCUGAUUGGUCCUGCUUUCCGCCUAGCCCAGCCAGUUAAAUCCACAACGCAAGUCUCAGCCUGUGAGAUAUGAAUAAUUAUAUUUUAAUCAUACUGAGUUUAUAUACCAAAAUCAAACCGACCACAACGUACCAAUAAAAUAUUAAACAACAUUUGUACAAGAAUUAGCCAGAUGUGGCUGUGAAUGAGGGAGGUAUUAAUCAAUAUACUGGGUAUAACUCAAGAAUGGUAAAACGUAUAAUAAUGGUUCAUAGGUCAAAAUAAAGCUUAUAAUAAGUGGAAUAUGAAUAUGCAUAGUUUAGUUACUUAAUAAUUAUACAAUAGAAAUAUACGUUUAAUAUUUGUCCAUAAAGCAUCCCAAAGUUACCAUUCAUUAUAUUUUUCGGGUCCCAACAAUUAGCUAUCGGGUAAAUUAUCAUGUAAAAUGAACAAAUGAACUUAAUGUGUUUUUUUAAAAUAAGAAACAGUAAUAAUUGGUCAUUUAAUAAUAAGCAAUAUCGUAUUGCUGGUUCAUUUCUACUGGUUGAAUUAGAAUAAUUUGACAUUAAUUGUAUACACUACUUUCACCGUUAGUAAAUUGAAUGUAGUAGUCAGCAAAUUCUGAAUUUAAGUUUUACAUUGAUUACCACUUGUCAAUAAGAUAUGUCUAUCCUCUUAAAUAAAUUAAUAUUUUUCAUAUGCGAUCAAACCCUUGCUACUCAGUGACACAGACACGGUUGUUAUUGCUAACCUAUCAGGUCUCUUGUAAGCACAAAGUGUCUAUAUUAAUAGAUCACUUGCUAAAAACUAAUGUUAUAAUGACCAGUUUAUAAAACUAGUGAAUUUCCUUCAAUCUCUAUCGAUUAAUUAAUAUCAAAGAGGAACUAUAGUUAGUAUUAAGGGUUUGUGAAGAUUGAUGAGUUUGCUAGUUUAUAGUACAGAAUGAUCUUAGUUAAACAACUAUUGAGAAACAGGAAAAACUAAACAGCCAUUUCCUCUCUAGUACGAGAAUUCUCAACAGUUUACAUUCGCCACCUUACCUGAAAUUAAAUCCAGGACUUUUAGGUUCCCUAACUAAUGCUUAACCAUUCGAACAUUGCGUCAGCGUCCAACGAGGAAAUUCGAGCUUAAAUCAAUUUAUAAUAUGGAACGUUUAUCAUUCGAUGCCACUGUAGACAACCGUUUCACUCCCGACAUGUUUAAAGGAAAGUAUUAGUAAUUAGUGUUCAACAGUUUUAAAAUUCAGCAUAUCCUUUCGUUUGAAUUUCUGGUUCACAGUGGCUUAUUUAUUAUUAGAAUAUGUAAGUAUUAGUAACCAACUUAUAUCCAAGGUAAUAAAAACUGCUGAAACAGUUAACAUUAAGUAUAAAGAAGAUAAAAAAUAAUCAAUUUAAUAUUACUCACUGACCUUUAACUAAAUAUAGAGACUAGCCUUUAAUUAAUCAGUAGAAAGCAAACAAAAAAGUGAUGGCUACAUAGAGUUAUGAUUAUAUAACUUUCACAUUAUGUUGGCUAGAGGCUAAAGGCGGCCAAACCAAAACAUGACACAAGUCCAUGAAGUUACUGACAAGUGGACUGAGUCAUGU